AUAAUUUAAAAAAAUACAUCUGAGAAACCAACAGACCAUUUUUAUUGUUAUGUUACUUGUUAAAAUAUAAAGAUUGUGUAUUAUUUGUUGACACUUGUUAAUUUGCCAUUCAGUCAUUUCCCGAUCAAAUUGACCAGAGAUAGACCAGGAAUCCAAAAAUGUUCCCGAACAUGACAUACAUCCCGUUCGGAGUGCGCAGCUCUUUCCAGGCGGUGCUGUGGAGGCGUAACUGCCUCACUAAAGACUCCAUAUUAAAAACGGGCGAAGAGGGCGAAGCGGAUGACCUGGACCUUCUCAACUGGACGGCCCACAUAUUCUCCCAGUCGAUUGCAGUCGAUGACACCUGGGACAAUAUGAUUGGACGCAGUUAUUUGUCGGUCAAGCAGAUUGGCGCAGUUGGCACAUUUUUACCAAAUGAGUUAAUUAAUCUAAUUGAUAGAAAAAGAAAGUAUACGACAUUCAUUGGAGCACUCAUGUUUGCGGACAUAUCUGGAUUCACAACUUUAUGCGAAACUUAUGCCAAGUACGGCCCUGAGGGAGCAUUUAGAUUGACAGCCAUGCUAAACAGUUACAUCGGUGCUAUGGUCGACCUGAUUUAUUCGUUUGGAGGUGAUCUGCUUAAAUUCGCAGGAGAUGCAUUCUUGGCAUCGUGGCAUGUUAAUUUGAAUCAGUUUAUUUCAUACAAGGUCCAUGAAGCAAUAUCAUGUGCCAUGCACAUUCAAUAUUCCCUUGGCACUUAUCUAACUGACGUUGGAGUUAUGCUAAAAGUCAAGAUUGCAGUGUCGGCUGGGAAUUUUGUGUUCAGCACAGUAGGUGAUGAGAUAAACAGCAGUUAUAUUAUUUUUGGAUUUCCUGUCCUUGAGGCGAAAAAGGCAGAAAGCAUAGCUGACUCUGGUGACACUAUUGUUGCACCUUCGGCUUGGAAAUUUGUGAGCAAGCGGGAUUAUGCUUGUGAACAUUUACCUGAAGGCUAUAAAAAGGUGAAAAGAAUUUUGUACGAUCCAAGAGUAUUGGCAAGAAAGGUUUUUGACUUUGAUUCAAGACAACUUGUUGAAAUCAAUAUAAAAAAUGAGACUUUACGAAUACUAACGGAAAAGACGGAUUUAUGUUCGAGCAAAAUGAGCUUUGAAGAGAACAUUAGGGAGAAUCUUUUUGAACCAUCUAUGAGAAAUAUAAGCGAAUCUUUAAGACCAUUUGUUAUUGCGCCAGUCAUGCAACAAAUUGAUGCCAAUUCUUCAUUUGAGUACCUAACAGAAAUGCGGCAGGUCACAAUUAUGUUUAUUACAUUUAAGGUCAACACUUUCCUUGAAUCUCUUGUCGUUAAAAUGACUGAUUUGGCUUAUUGUACAAUAUCAAAGAUCGUUAAGAGCAAACUCGGUCUCGUGAAUAAAGUCUGCUUGUUUGACAAGGAUAUCAUGUUUUUGGUGAUUUUUGGCAUGAAAGGCUUCAAGGAGAAAGACGAGGCUUUAAGAUGUCUAAGAUGCGCAUAUCAAAUCUUGACUACAUUGAACCAAGAGGAGCUGAUUGUAAAUCUAUCUAUCGGAGUGACAAUUGGGACGACUUAUUGUGGUGUGGUUGGCCAUCCAUUUAGAAAAGAAUACACUGUCAUCGGAGGAGCUGUGAAUAAAGCUGCUAGGCUUAUGUGUGUGUUUCGCGAGGUCAUUUCUUGUGACCAUUCAGUUGUUUUGAAUUCGAGGCUUCCACUUGCCUAUUUCUCAAGGCUUCCGCCAAAAUUUUUGAAAGGGAUCGGCCAAGUGACAAACAUUUUCAAAUACGAAGAAGUUGGACUUGAUGCUAGUAAAAUCCCACCGUUGCUCGGCAGGAGUGACAUUUUGAAAAAAUUCAAAGACAUACUCAGGAGAAAAUCAUCGUACAAAGGCAUAAUCGUAAUGGGAGACCCGAGGUGCGGGAAGACUCGCGUUUUGAGCGAGUUUGUAGAAAUAGCAGACGAAAUGGGCUGGCGGUCCAUUUGGGUCUCAGUCCACUCCACGCUUAGAUAUGGCAUAUGCCUUUUACAUAAAUUAUUCGCAAAUAUGUUGGGCAGGACAGUAAAAGAAAGGAUGGCUUCUCUUAUUAAAAUAUACAUGCAAGAUGAAAAUUUUGAAUAUCUAUAUGUCCUUAAUGACAUAUUUGAUGUCAAUUUUGCAUUUCCUGCUGUCGUUAAAACUCCACAACAUGUCACACCUUUAUUCUUAUUCAGAAGAACGAUAAAACUUACUGCUGUGAAUACAGUAAUAAUAGUCGAUGAUGCUCAUGGCCUUGAUAAAGAUUCUUGGGUAACAUUUAUUGAUGUUAUUAACAACCCAAAAUAUGUGAUAGUAAUGUCGAUACCGAGCGCAUGGGACCACAAGAACAAGUCAGUCCAGACAGCACUUUUGAAUGAAAAGGUGAUCAUGUUCUACCUGGACAAUCUCAAUAUAUCACAUAUACCAGCUUUGGUAUGCCAGAUGAUGAACGUAGAAGCCGUUCCGAGGAAACUGAUCAAAGUUCUCAUAAAACUCUCAAAAGGGAAUCCAGGCUGGGUGCAAACGUUUUUACUAUCGUACAUCGAGGUCGGCAUCAUUGUAAUUAGACUAUCCGAUCUUAGCUAUUUGAGCAAUGCUGUGUAUAUAAUUCCCGAGAAAAAGUAUAUUACUAGAGAAGUCACUUUGAAGGACCAAAGUGAGGAAGUCUUAGUACCUGUGUGUAAAAUAGUAAAAGUUCUGGAUGAAAAUGCACUACCUGCUACCUUUGAUGACGUAAUAAUGAGCAUGUUUGAUCGGCUUUCUUCUUUUGAACAACUCCUCUUGAAAUGCGCUUCCAUUCUUGGAAACAAUUUUUCAAGAAAUGACUUGAUAUCCGUCAUGGGUCAUCCUCCAGAGCAGCAUAUCGCUUCUGCAAUUAAACGACUUUAUCAGCUUCAUGUCCUGGGCUGUUCUUCAGAAGAGACAGAAAUGUCCAUUUAUGAAUCCCGUUACCAAAGCAACGGUUCCUUUGAAGGAAGGAAAGAAGAAGUACUUUGUAGAUGCAACAUUCAAAAUUUAGACCUUCACGAUCUUCCCGCGUUUGCCUACUGUAAACGCAUCGGCUUCAAAUUUAGAGUGUUCUGCAGCACAAUAUACGCGACGAUUCCUAUGAACCAGAAGAUCGAAUUUCACACAAGGGCCCUCAAGAGCAUAAAGACGAGGAGCGAAAAGUGCGAAUCAUGCAAGGAAAAUAUGGAAUGGGUACAAAAAGACGAGUUGUUCGAUUCAGACAUGGCCAGGAACUUGAGUGAAACGGAUCCAUAUGGUCACAAGCAAGACAAGGACGCGCUACAUAUUGAAAGAAAUUUAGGCUUGAUCAUUGCUGAAGCCCUUAAGAAGGUUUUUAUGACAAGGUAUAAGAAAAAGGAUCAAAAGCUCUAUGCAAUAAAAUUCCCACAUAUUAUGAAAUGUACGUGCUUCGCCAUGUUUUCUGAGGGCUUCGAGCAACUAGUACAUCAUGCUCACAUGGCCGAACUGAGCGUAUUAGAGCUGAAAUACUUAAUCGCUUUCGCUGUAAUUUCAAUCAAGUACAGCAAAUACGACAAAGCUGUACAACUGCUUAAGGAUGCCGAGCAGGCUCACGACUUAUGCUCGCAGAUUUUAACCCAAGAGAUUAACAUCGUACGUGAUAAAGCAGCCGCUGAGAAAAAAAAGAAAGGGAUUCCUAAAGAGUACAUGGAGUAUAGCAAGAAACAAAUCUGCACUCUAUUAGGAUUGGCUUAUUUAAAUCUUGGAAGACUGAACCAUGCAAUCCUACAUUUAAGUGUAGUGAAGCCAAAAGCGUUCAUAUUGCCAGUAUUUUUAUUCAAACUGCUUGUUAUCAACUGGCCAGAAAUUACAUUGACAUACAGGCAGAAACUAAAAAGAUACAUGGACCUGAUGGCCGAAGUGUACCUUGCAAUGUCUAAAACAAGCUUGCUUAAAAAUGAACUUAGUCGUGCAAUAAGCCUCGGCCAUACGGCUAAAACGUACUCAAAAGUCGCCGAAAGCAUACGUCUAAAAACUUCAACUAUGUCAAAUUAUUUUGACCUUCUCAUUUUAAAGGGCAAUUUUGAUAAGGCAAUUAAAUUGAUCAAACCGACGCUCAAAUCUUGCCUGAAUAUUUACAAAGGGGCUCACCUGACUGAAUUGAUAUGCAUGGGACAGAUUUACACAGCGGUUUUUAAAAUUAGAUUUAGCCAUGGCGACCUAAUGCAAGCUAUAGCACCGGGGCUGUUAGCACUUAAAAUAAGCCAAUGUGUAAAUGCAAUUGAUGCUGAAUUGUUUAUUCUUGACAAACUGACAUACUGCUUGAUCAUGACAAAAAAUUUCAAAAAGCUAGCAAGCAUACUGUCCCCAAAAGUGUACACCGAUGAAGAGCCCCAUUCGUACAGGUAUGUUUCGAAGAUGAAGAUGUACAACAAGUUGAUCAUUUUGACCUUCAUGGAAUCUGGCGUUUCAUUUGCUCCUCCUGCCAUAUCCCUCUUUCUAAUUAAAAAGUCCAUAAACCGUAAGCACAUCACAAUAGACCACGAGCUGUCCCGUAUAUAUUCGAUAUCCAUAUGGCUAUGGCAUCUGAGAAGGAAAGAGUACGAUCAAGCUAUGGCUUGGAUCGUCGAAGAUUUCCUGGUAGAUCUGUCUCAUGAAAACUUAUUAACAACUUUAAAACUUAUACAAUGCCAGCUACUCUGGCUUGUGUACAAAAUGGACCUUUCUGAUUAUAUUUCACCAAGAAUGAAAAGGAUCAUAGACCAUCUGAAAGAGCUUUUCAAAUACAUUUAUAAAAAAUGUAAAAAGUGCAUACCUGUAUUGCUCCCAAGGUAUUACCACUUAAAAGCCUAUUUCACAAUUAUAACAUCAACUUCAGUUAAAUCAUCCAAAGUGGCAGUCCAGGGUCUAUUGGACAAAGCCUUUAGAUAUGCAAUUCUCCAAAAUAAUUUUCUGGAACAGCAAUGGAUAAUACAUUCAAGAGAGGUAUGGUUUUCACCCGACACCGUCUUGCAGCCUGAGUUUUGGAUAUACCAAUCGGAAGAGUCAAAUAUAAGGAAGGACCUGCUCGACAUUUAUGAAUGGCACUCCAUCUUGUUUUCAUUAAGAUUGCCCAAAAGGAUCGACGAGAUGAAAAGACCUUCUAGAAUAUCAAAGCUUUCUCCAAGCUUAAAAGGAUCUAUGUCGCAAAGAAAUUCACAUAGAAGUACCAUUUACAUGGAGCAAUCACCAUUUAAGAAUGACUGA